AUGAGUCACUCCAAACCAUCAUCUUCGACUCGCAAGCCCACCGAUUUCCAUCAUCUGACGGCCCGGCUCAAGCUGCCCUUAGCGCCGGUCUUUCUGACGAAACCGAUGUCCAAGACGACGACGAUCGAAAUGAAGGCGGAGGAGGAAGAGAGUGUGAAGGAGGAGAUGGAUGAUCUAGAAUCGGACUCGGAUCAAUCGACCAAAGACCUCAAGAAGACCCUGACGGAGCCAGACAGGAUAGACGAAGAAUACGGCAACAGUGGGGUGCUGGAAGCGAUCAACCAGUCACUAGCCUCGCUGAUGAUGAAGUAUAUCCCCUCCUUGGGCUCGGUCUUGGUCUCCUACCUCGAGCCGCCGAUGUUCAUCCUGAAGGACCCGUCCGAAGGGGCAGCUGAGGAGAUCCGACGGCCAGCAACCAAGACCAGUCGGCUGCCCGUGCCCACCUUGCCCGGCAACGGCUGGGGCGUGGUGGAUGUGGAGGUGAAGCUUCUGGGCUGGCGGCCGACGAUCGGCCAGAAACUCGUCGGCCGGCCUACACUCUCCUCCCCCUCCCAUCUCUCCCUCGUCAUCUAUCGCACCUUCAACGCCUCCAUCAACGAGAAUCAUCUCAGAGCUGCCGGCUUUCAUUACGAUAUCAACUUCGAGGUCCCUGCUCAUUGGAAAUCAAUCGUCGAACCCGCUAAUCCUCAAGAUCAAUCUCUGUCUACCAAUCUCCCCCUCGAACAUCAUCAAGAUCGUGGAUGUUGGGUCGAUGCCAACGGGGCCGUCGUCGGUGACGAUCAAGGCACCGUAUCUUUCACAGUCAUGGGCUUGACGAUCGCCAACCACAUGAUUUCGGUAGUCGGCUCACUACUAGAUGAUCCAUUUUCGAUCGAGAGCCCGGCCCGCGCGAGCCAGCCAAGCCCCAGGAUGACGGCGAUGAAGCAACGGCUGAGCGGGCCGGGCCCGGUGGACUCGGAGUCAUCGACGGACAACUCCGAGGACGAAGGGGGGCGCUCGAAGGCGGCCUCGUUGCGGGGCCGAAUGAAAGCGCCGCCGGCCAUCCAAUCCGGCACCGCACUCCGCCCGAUCGCUGUCCAUCCACACACCGUCGCCAUCCCCACAGUCACACCCACAGCGAGCUCAAGCCUACAGCCCCCGCCACUCACCGCUACCAACCUCAAAGCCCUCGACUCCGCUCACCUCCAGCCUUCCUUCCCCGUCUCUCAUCCUUCUCCUAUCUCAAUCCCUAGCGAGAAAUCUAAGAAAACUAAGAAGAAGAAACCCCUCAAACGUCCCGCCGAUGCGCUCGAAGAUAAACCAAGCCUGGCUCGAAAUCCUUCUUCCCCCCUUCCCAAUCAACCAACCAACCCAUCUGCCGCUAUUCCUCCCCCUCUAUCAUCUACUAAUUCUUCCCGGAAGAAAAAACUGAAAACUAAUUAGACCAAUCUUUCGUCAUCUUCCUUCUUCCAUGUUUCUUUUUUUUUUUUUUUGUCUAGUUCAAAUACUUUUU